CUUACCAAAAAAGUCCACAAUCCUUCAUUAUUUUUCUUGUAGCAAGAAUAUGUCAAUACUAGGCGGCAGGGAAAACAGUAACAAAAUGUCUCAACCAUAUCUCCAACUCCAUGAAUUCAAGAAACAAGCUUCUUUCUUCCUCAAGGAAAAGAUCAAGACAGCUAGAUUAGCCUUGACUGAUGUUACACCAGCUCAACUAUUGGCAGAAGAAGCAACAAAUGGAAAUCCAGGUGCACCAGAUACAAGAACACUGAAAAUGAUAUCAAAGGCAGCUUUUGAAGUUGAUGAUUACUGGAGAAUUGUUGGGAUCCUUCACAAAAAAUUGUCAAGUUUUGACAGAAAGAAUUGGAGGGUGUCAUAUAAGGCUGUGAUUGUGUUGGAACAUUUGUUGACUCAUGGACCUGAAAGUGUUGCUGAGGAAUUCCAAACUGACAAAGAUGUUAUCAAGGAAAUGGGACACUUUCAACUCAUUGAUGAGAAAGGAUUCAACUGGGGGCUAAAUGUUAGAAACAAAUCAGAGAGGAUAUUGAAGCUGCUAGAAAAUGGACAACUUCUUAGAGAUGAGAGAAACAAAGCCAGGAAAAUAUCAAGAGGGAUUGAAGGUUUUGGGAGCUUCAACAUUAGGACUAAUUCACCUGAAGGAAUUUUGGAGGAAUCAGCACUAAAACCUUAUGGAAGGUCUAAUUCUCAGUUUAAUGAUCAUGGAAAUGAAGAAGAUGAAAAUUCAAAUUUCAAUACUCAAGAUUUGAUCAACACAAAAAUGGAGAAAGUGGAGGAUGCUGCAGUUUCUUGGAAUCUUGACACUGGUGAUAAGUACUUAGUUUCUGGGAUUUCUAGUAUUAGUUUUAAAGAAAACAUGGCUCCAAGUGAAGACAUGCAUAAGUGGAACUUCAAAGGGGAAGCAAAAUCACUUUUGGAUGAACAAAAAACAGAUCCAAGAAUAGGUUUUUCCUCAGAAGAGGAUCACCCUUUUACUGAAACCGACCGACUAACAUCAGCCUCCCUACUCUCUUCUGGAGAUCAAGUCCUCCAAGCAUGUCAAUAGGGACAUCGCCUUUUAAUCGCUCUAGUGCAUGUGCUAAAUAGUUGUUUUACGCGUUCAUCUAUCUAUGAGGAGCAGUCGUGUGACUGCUAUAUAGAGCUAAGAACACGCCGUUGGCUGUUCCCUCAUACCUCUACUACUAGAUGUUUUGAGCUUUAUUUUGUAACCUACAGGGUACAGCAAUGCAGAAAUGCAACUGCACUGCUAUUUCACGUUCAUGAAAUAAUUGCAACUUUCUUGAAAGAGCUAAUACCAAGUUUGUGUUCUUGUUC